CUGGCUUCACUGACAGCAAUUACUCAGUCCCAGGGUUCAAAGGUAGCAGGCAGCCAUAACCAGCACCACCAGGUACUCAGACUUACUGGACCCAAAUCUCCAGCUCCUGGAGUCCUGUGAUUAUGUGAGGAUCUCAGCUUUCCUAAAACAACAAUGGGUUUCUCAGUUCCCUGGACAGCAGCCAUUCAGAUGCUGGUGCUAGCGCUGGCCCUCCAUUUCACUGCAGGUAACAGCCGUGAACCAUUGAUUGUCCUGAACAACUAUGAGGACAAUGGGAUCAGAGUCACCUGUUUUUCUGAGGGGAGGUUUUCUGAUGUGCAAGUGUUGUGGACAGACAGUAAAGGACACAAUCUUACUGGAAGUCCAAUCACCCCAACCUCCAACACAGAUGAGACUAGUGCCAAAAGUUCGAUCCUUCUGAAAUCAGGAUCUGACAAUGCCAUCUCCUGCAACAUAAUCGAUAACGUGCUAAAGACCUCAACCGAAUCUACAGUGGUAAUUGCAGAUGUUUUCUUCCCUGCCACCUCCCCAUGGAUGACUGCCUUCAUUGUGAUAUUGCUGAUUAGCAUAGCCCUGGUUAGCGCUGCGAUUUAUAAGCUGAAAAAAAACAAUGAAACAACUGCUCAGGCUGUAAAUGACAAGAAAGCCAUCAAAGACGAAACAAUGCUUCUCAGAAAAGAACUGGAGACAGAGCACCAAAAGUCUCAACAAGCAAUUCAGGAAAUACAGGAGAAAUUUGAAAAAGCCAUGGCUGAGCUGGACUUCAGGAGGGCUCGUAGCAAUGCAGUUAACAUCACUCUGGAUUCUGACCGUAAACAUCCCAAACUCUCACUCAAGGAUAAAAAUAGGGUCGUUUCCACGGCAGAGAAAGCCGGCAGGGAUUUGAUAGUGGUGGCAAAUGAAGGAUUUUCAGAGAAGAAACAAUACUGGGAGGUGGAGGUGGGGGACAAGGCAGAGUGGGAGCUAGGGGUGCUGACUCAGAAUGAAAGGAGGAAACUGAAAAAUGAGAAGAUGGAGAAACCUUCUGAGAAGGAAUACUGGAGUUUGUGGCUGUCUGAGGGUCAAUAUCAUUGUAGUUGGAAAAGUGACACAAUCACCUCUGAGGAUAAAAGAUGCCCAGUGGUUGGCAUUUUUCUUGACUGGGAAGAGGGAAUGAUCUCAUUCUACAAUGUAGAGCUAAUGUGCCCUGUUGUGUCCAUCACUCAAGAGUUUCAAGGAAAUCUGUACCCAUUCUUCAAUCCUGGCAGUGAUAAGCAAUACCUAGGAAUACGCCCUGUCAGUGUCCCCAGCCCCUUAACUUCUCUCUGAAAUCAAAUAUUGGCUCUAAUAGUUAUGAGAAUUUUAAAUUCACUCCAUCUGAGGAGAGAGGAGAGAAGGAGAGCCAGGAAACUUGAACCACUAUAGAAGAAAGGGAAGGGUUUAAUUAGUUAAUAUAGAAUCUGAAAGAGAGAGAGAGAGAGAAAGGGGGAAUGGUACAAUUUUGAUAUUUUUGAAGAUGGCCCAAAGGCUGAAACAGAUACUUCUUAGCCCCUGACCCAGGCAAAUUGCCAGUGACAUGACCUGAGUAAAAACUAUGACUGGUCAAAUGGACCAAUACUUUUUCAGUAAAUAUUGACUUGAAUAAAAAAAUGAAUAAAGGAGGGCUGUGCUUUUGUCCAUUUUGUGUUCUCUUUCAUCUAGUGAACUAGUUUACUAAUUUACUACCAGCAAUGUUAGUGGAAAUGAUAAAGUGUAAGCAAAGAUGAUAGAAUAUUGGUGGAAAGCAAAUUUUGAAUGAGUAAAUACAAAUAUUCACACCAGAAACCUGAUGCCAAAUGAUAUGAUCAUCUAGGACACAAUGCAGCAAAGGCCAUCCCUCUUCAGCAAAAUUUAAGACUAUACUUAAGUUCCUUAGACUUUAGUGAACCCUAGUGCUUUGCUGAACCCGGGACCCAAUCAAGACAGAAUUCUUAUCCGUCCAAACAGUUCUAACCAGGGCAGCUCAAAUAUCAAAUGUCAGUUACUCACAUGGAAUAGCUCACAGACAAGAAUUGUUUUGUUGCAAUUAUUUGGAGAAUAACUCUGAAUAGUGAAUAUGUUUGUGAAAAGUGUUAAAAUGCUCUCAGAUAAUUCACCAAUAGAAAAAGAUACAAAUAUGUUACUUUCUGUGCAUAAUUUGCUCAGCACUACUACAGACAUUCAAAACUGUGGGCUAGUCAUUCAAAGAGGCUGCACCCCAUAUAGGAGUGUAGUUUGGAGUGCUAGACCCCUGAGCACCAGGGGUCGUAGGAGGCAAUCUGUUCCCUUCAGCAGAAAAUGACUGUGAAGAUGAAAAAAAAACAUAUAAUUUCUGGUAAUUGUUUUAGCAGAAAACAUUAGAUUUUUUUACCAAAAUAUCAAAAUUCUGAAAAACGAAUGUUUCAGCCAAAAGCUGCUGACAGAUGAGUAUUUUUGGCCACAAACUGGGAAAUCUUUGGGUUUUCGAUUGAUUGGUCAGCCCUUCUCCCAGCAUUCCCUCUGGAAGUUUCUAGCCCUGCAUUUCCCUAUAUAUGUGUGCAUUGCACAAUCAAGACUUGGUGGGAAAGAAGAGACCCUAACCUCCCUUCCUUGCUUAGCAGCAAAAUAGAGCUCAGCAUCUAGACCUGUAUUUGCAUUUGGGAGGAAUGCAUUAGACUGGGGUUUCCAAAGGUACUUAAGGGAUUAGGCACCUAAAUCACAUUGAAUUGGAUGCCAAAUUUCCAUAGGAUCCCCAUCAAAUUCCCAGCUUUCAUGACUGCUCUUUCCUCUCUGUGCCUUAAAAUAAAGAUUUCCAUCUGAUACCAAUCCUUUCUCACCAAAGUGUGUUAAAAGAAAAUACUAGAAAGAACCAAAUUUAACUAUAGCUGAAACAGUUUAGUCCAUUUAAUUGGCAUGAUUUUAAACAAGGUUGUUUGCUGUAUUAGAAGCUCUACCAGAAAGCCUGUGCAUCCUGGAAGGGUUACAUAGGGAUAAAUUCUGCUUAAUAGAGACACAACUACCAAAAAUUCUGCUGACGAGGAUGCAUUC